AAUGUUUGAUGAAUUUGCUUCUGGUUAAAACCAUUAAUGGAGAAGAUAUUGAAAUUAUUUCACUUCUACAUAUUUGCUCAUGUACGUCGACGAGGUCCACUGAAAAUUCUCUCUGAUCCUGAGUGGUGACAGCUCUCUCCAAGCAGGAACCAGCAUCAGUUGUUUUCCUUCCUUCUGCCCCACAGACUUCGGAGGAAUGGUAGCCGGUUAGCUCGUCAGACAGCAGUUGUUGGAUUAAGUUGUUGACGUUAUUUGGCAUUCGGUAGUGGCGGUAAAAUAAUGAAUUUACUACCAUCCAAUCCUCACGGGAAUGGGCUCCUUUAUGCUGGAUUUAACCAGGAUCAUGGAUGCUUUGCCUGUGGAAUGGAAAAUGGGUUUCGUGUGUACAACACAGAUCCUCUCAAAGAGAAGGAGAAACAAGAGUUCCUCGAGGGCGGGGUUGGCCACGUUGAGAUGCUGUUUAGAUGUAACUAUCUAGCCCUAGUGGGAGGAGGGAAGAAACCCAAGUAUCCAACUAACAAAGUGAUGAUCUGGGAUGACCUGAAGAAGAAGACAGUUAUUGAGAUUGAGUUCUCAACAGAAGUCAAGGCAGUGAAGCUUCGACGUGACAGGAUCGUGGUGGUCCUGGACUCAAUGAUCAAAGUGUUCACCUUUACCCACAACCCCCAUCAGCUGCAUGUUUUUGAGACCUGCUACAACCCCAAAGGUCUGUGUGUGCUGUGUCCCAACAGUAACAACUCCCUGCUGGCCUUCCCUGGGACACAUUCAGGCCAUGUGCAGAUAGUGGACCUGGCCAACACAGAGAAGCCCCCGGUUGACAUCCCCGCCCAUGAGGGGGCGCUGUGUUGCAUCGCUCUCAACCUGCAGGGCACGAGGAUAGCGACUGCAUCAGAGAAAGGCACUCUUAUAAGGAUUUUCGACACAUCUGCAGGUCAGCUCAUACAGGAGCUGAGACGAGGCUCUCAGGCGGCGAACAUCUACUGCAUCAAUUUCAACCAGGAUGCGUCCCUCAUCUGCGUGUCCAGUGACCACGGGACGGUGCACAUCUUUGCUGCAGAGGAUCCCAAAAGGAACAAACAGUCAAGCUUGGCAUCAGCCAGCUUUCUUCCCAAAUACUUCAGCUCUAAGUGGAGCUUCUCCAAGUUCCAGGUCCCUUCAGGCUCCCCCUGUGUGUGUGCCUUUGGAACAGAGCCCAAUGCCGUCAUAGCCAUUUGUGCUGACGGCAGCUACUACAAGUUCCUGUUCAACCAGAAAGGGGAGUGUUCCAGAGAUGUCUACGCCCAGUUCCUGGAGAUGACUGAUGAGAAAAUAUGACCUUUGACCCAAUCUGCAGACUUGCUAUUACACAGCCUGUUUUUUCUUUACUUUUUUUUUUUUUUUUAAAUUUCUGAGGAGGCAGGAGACUUCCCUCGUUGCACGUCUCCUUAUCUUGACAGACUCUGUAAAGGAGCAUCAGAUGAAUGGAGGACAAAGAAAGCAAAGCACAGACUUUUGGGGGGAACCCUUAACGGCAAAGACAGACGGAUGGAAGCACCGACAGGGAUGCAGAAUUUUGUCUCUCACAGACUCCAGAGGAUUGUCUCUGGACAGAGGGACAAAGGCACAGACUUUACUCCCAAGCCUAACACAAGACAAAAGAGGGAAAGUUUUUUUUUUGUUUGUUUUUUUUUUUUGAAAGGACAACAGGCCUCUUUUUACGACGUCUUCCGAGGAGUUUACAAAGGAUGGCUAUUUUUAAUCACAUAGAUGAUUCUGAUAGACGGAUUGAAAAUAUUGAAACUUUUGUCAACUAACACCACCUAACCUAACUAUAGGGAGUGCCUCUGAGACUGGAGAGAAUCUGUAUGCGUGAACAUAUUAUCGUCAUCAUAUAUACAUAUGUGUGUUUGUAUAUAUUCCAGUGUUCCAUAUUGCUGGGGUUCGCAAAGCAGGAUCGGAAUGAGGUGACUGUUUGUUUGUGUCCACUUCUGCCUUUAAGAUUCAUAGUAACACCUGGAAGACUGGAACAGACUCCGAUCCUGCGUUGUGAAAUGUCCCCCUUGUAUUCCUAGAUUUUCUUAUAUUCACUGUAUAAACGCAAUGCGCCCGACUGAACCUCUAACACUUUAGAAUUGUACAGAAUAGUAGCAAAAAGAAAAAUAUGACCAUGUAUUUUUGUUUGUCUUCCUUUUUUCAUACAUCGUGCAAUAUAUGUUUUCCCUUAUGUGUUUCUGUUAAAAGUUUGUGAAAGUUAAGUGUUUGUUGUUUCUACACACGCGCAAGAAACUUAAAGGAAUCGUUGGUCAUUUAUUGGGAAAUGUGGCUAUUCCCUUUCUUGCCGGUUUUUGCACAGAUUACACAAACGAAAUACAGCAUAUUUAUUAGUGAGCUUUAGAGAUGCUGUUAAGCGGAUUCUCUUUCCCCGUUUCCAGUCGUUAUGCCGAGCCAAGCUAACUGCUGCUAGCUUUAGCUUCACAUUUACCCUACAGACAUGAGUCGUGUGGGGCGUCUCAUCUAACUUUCGGCAAGAAAGUGACCGAGCAUCUUUCCCAAAAUGUUGAACUGUUUCUUUCCGAGUUUGCGAACGUUGAGUGUGUUGUUCCUACCUGAACUGGAGAGCUUCAUAGCCAAACACACGCGUGGUUUCCAUCUUAAAUCACAAAAACGUCAUCAAUUUAGGAUGAGAUUAUUGGCCAUGUUCUGCUCAAAAGCUCAGAACAACUGUAAAACCAUGAAAAUGAUUUUGAUCUUGGUUCAAGACUGCACUUCAUAUUUAAUGUUAAUACAUUAAUAAGCCAAGUUGAUUCAAUCAAGAGCCUCUAAUAUGUGAUUAAUAGAUUGCUUCAUAUUCGUUUCGUUGGCCAGUGUGACUCUCCAGUCAUGACUGUAUGGUAUCUCUUUAUUUAAAUGACAAAACGCUCUUUACUGAAGAGUAUAGUGUUUGUGUGGUGUCAGGACAUUUCUGUAAACUGCUACCCGUGCCCCCGAGAGCAUUGAUAAAUUCAGCUAGUGCAAAUCAGGGAAUCUGAAGUGCUUUGUUCAGUUCAGUGUUAACCCAGCACAAGCGAAACUGUGUUAGUGUAUAAUUAACUUCUUUUUUUUUUUCUCUCGUCAUGUUAUUUGACACCCAUUUGUGUUGAUUCAGUGGAAGAGCACAUCUCCUUUGUGUUGCUUUCCGCAUCCGAUUGUACAUCCGCAGGCAUCACUCUGUUGGAACAUACACAGCACUGACCACCGUAGGGAUGCUGCACAAACUGAAAAGCCAACUUGUCUCUGACACACUCAGAAUGAUUGUAAAACCUGCAUUAAAAAUUUGUGAUUAAAAUUAAAC